CUGGACAAACCCUUCUACAACGACUUCGAGCGCGGCGCGGUGAGUGCCCGCACAGCCCCGGCUCAGCCGGUAGUGCCCGUCCCGCUGCUGUCGAGCUGAGGGUGGGAAUCGGGGCGGGCGGGCCGGGGUUCGGAGCUCUCUAUCGCUCUAUCGCAGCCUUAAGUGAUAGCUGGAAAUCAGCGCGACUGUGCAGGCGUAGGGCUGGGCUGUUGCUGGGCUGUCAGCGGGGCUGCUCGGGUUCACCCCGACGCGUGCACUGUGCUGGGCUCCGGCCGUCCAGCAGCCAUCUCUUGUACUCCGAGUACCCUUUUGGUAUGGUGUUCAUUUGUUUAUUGUCCGACUUCAAAAUAAUAGACUCGGAUUUUUUAUUUUUUUAAUGUGUAUUUCAUUUGUAGCCCUAACGCACAGCUUCUGAGAGAUCUAAGGAGAUCUGAGGGACUUUAAAAGUUUUUUAAAAGCACCCUUAACGCGCUUUGGAGAUGAGCCCCACCACUGCAUACAAGUUUGUCCCUCCGUCACAGUACUGCCUUGCCCAUAGGUAUACUUUCACCCACGGGGUGCACAGCCCGAGCCAGCUGUCCAGCAUUCCUUGAUUGGGCACCUCAGAUAUGGUUCACAGAUGACAGCAUUUUAAGUUAGUGUUGAUGGUGUGUGCAGAUACGGCCCCCAAAUAUGUGUGGAUAAACAUCCUGAGAAAAGCAAAUUCAGAGGUGUGGGUACCUCCCUGUUGCUGCCGUUGAAAUUACUUUCUUUCACCAUUAAGCAUUCGUUGCAUAGAGAUCUUGUUCCCCCUGAUGUCCCGAAAGGGCAUAGACUCCUUCUUCUUUGUAGAAUCAUCGAAUGGCUUAAGUUGGAAGGGACCUUAAAGAUUAUCAAGCUCCUACCCCCCUCUUCUUAUUUUAAAUGGUGAAUAUAAGCAAAGCUUAACAACGUUAAUGACAGUGAUGGAAGAAAACCUCAGGGUGUUCUGCACACUCGGAAUGAGGCUGUGCUCCUAGGAGGACUGGGCUUGGCUCUGGAUUUCCAGUGCCUGGGCACCCUGCUCCCAUCCUCAGGCGCAAAUGGGGGUCCAGGAGUGCUGGGCUCUGCUGGGUGACGGUGAGAGGAGCCGGGCUUUGUGCAGUGCAGCAGCCCUGCAGCAGGCAGUAUGUGCACCUGCAAGCACAUACGUUCUCCUUAGGAAUGCAGCUUCUAGGUGGGUUUGAAAGUCUCUACCUUUAUGAAUAGCUUGCCUAACAUUCUAUACAAAAUGUACUGUUAGGUAAGCAAGCUGAGAUAGGGACGAUCUCUUUUUUUUUUUUUCUCUUUUUUGUCAAACUUCUUUCCGGGUGCAGAAGUCCGUGACUAAUCCUGGACUUUUUCUACUAUCCACAUUAUUUCCAUAUGCAGUCCUUCCUUAGUGUGUUCUGUAAGAUGGCUGCCUUACGGGACGCUUGCAGCAUGAUGUGUGAAGCUGUGCUGUUGCAGGCAGUGUUUCCUUGGGCAGUGCAGUGCAUUCCUCCAGGUGCCUGUUCAGGUAACACUGUGCCCAGAACACCAUGAGUCUCAUUGAUAUGCCAUGCAAAGAAAGAAGAAAAGUGAAUUAAAAAUAGAGAUAUGGAACAAAAAGUGAACAAGCAAACCAUACUGAAGUGCACUGUGAGACUUUCAGGUUGGUUGCUUUGUAAAAUGUGACAGUUGAAACCAGUUCUGCCUCUGGCAUUUCGGUAGCAUCCCUAUAGUUUUCUUUUUCUUCCAAAUAAUUAAAAUGUGAUGACAUUUGAAAAAUAAUAAUAAUAAUAAAGCACUUUUAUCACAGAUAACCAGAAUUCCACAGUACUAUCUUGUAAGGCUUUGUCACUUCCCAGUUUCUUUACUAAAUGUUGGGCCGGUCUCAGUAGUGCCAUUAUCCUGAAUGAAUGGCUUCAUUUGAAUGAAUGCAGAUGGUGAGUUUUCCUAGAUAUGUUGGAUGAGGGCUCCAACCAGCUCUGAGCAUAUCUGCGUGCCAAAUGCUGAUAGAAGGGAAGGGAUGUGGGAAAACCAGAAGGAGCUUUCAUAAUGGCAGUGUACUUUUAGUUUCAGUCUGACUUAUUCCAAGCACUGGACAUGGGUAGUUUAGAAAGCUGGAGCUGCUUUUCUUCACUCACUGUCUUUUGAGUUGACUCCUACGAUGUGACGGUGGAAGAAGACCUUGGAGAAAUUCAGCUAAUAAAAAUUGAGAAACGAAAAUAUUGGUACCAAGAUGACUGGUACCUUAAGCACGUCACUGUCAAAACACCACUGGGUGAUUAUCUUGAAUUCCCAUGUUACCGCUGGAUUACAGAUGAAAAAGAGGUUGUCCUUCGAGAUGGAAGAGCAAAGCUCCCCCGAGAUGACAAGACCCAGAUACUCAAGCAGCACAGGCGCAAAGAGCUUGAGAAUCGUCAAAAAAUGUACCGCUGGAAGGAGUGGCACCCUGGCUUUCCGUUGAGCAUUGAUGCCCAUUGUCACAGUGAACUGCCCCGUGACAUCCAGUUUGACAACGAGAAAGGAAUCGACUUCAUUCUGAACUACUCCAAAGCGAUGGAGAAUCUCUAUAUCAACCGUUUUAUGCACAUGUUCCAGUCUUCCUGGAGUGACUUUGCAGAUUUUGAGAAGAUCUUUGUGAGAAUCAGUAACACAAUCUCUGAGUAUGUGAUGCAGCACUGGAAAGAAGAUUUCAUGUUUGGCUACCAGUUCCUGAAUGGCUGCAAUCCUGUGCUGAUCCGGCGAUGCACGGAGAUUCCCAAGAAGUUGCCAGUGACCAUGGAUAUGGUAGAAUGCAGCCUGGAGAGGAACCUGACCCUGGAGGAAGAAGUGAAGCAAGGAAACAUUUUCAUUGUGGACUAUGAACUGUUAGAUGGCGUGGAUGCCAAUAAGACAGACCCAUGCACGAUACAGUACUUGGCUGCACCCAUCUGUUUGCUGUACAAGAAUCUGGAGAAUAAAAUAGUACCCAUUGCAAUCCAGCUUGGUCAAAAGCCUGGGCCAGAAAAUCCCAUAUUCCUUCCUUCAGAUGCCACCUAUGACUGGCUGCUGGCCAAAAUCUGGGUUCGCUCAUCUGAUUUCCACAUCCACCAGACGGUGACCCAUCUCUUACGGACACACCUAGUCUCAGAGGUGUUCAGCAUUGCCAUGUUCCGGCAGCUGCCUGCUGUACAUCCCCUCUUUAAGCUGUUGGUGCCACACAUGCGGUUCACAAUAGCCAUCAACACCAAAGCUCGAGAACAGCUCAUCUGUGAAUGUGGCCUUUUUGACAAGGCAAAUGCUACAGGUGGAGGAGGACACGUACAAAUGGUUCAGAAAGCAAUGAAGGACCUGACCUACAGCUCACUCUGCUUCCCUGAAGAUAUCAAAGCUAAGGGGAUGGACAGCAAAGAGGAUAUCCCCUACUACUAUUACCGAGAUGAUGGCAUUAGAGUUUGGGAGGCAAUAAAGAGUUUUGCAGAGGAUGUGAUUCAAAUCUACUAUGAGAGUGACGAGGUGGUGUGUGAAGAUGUGGAACUCCAGGCCUUCGUCAAAGACAUUUACAUGUACGGGAUGAGGGGCAUGAAGUCCUCAGGUUUUCCUAAGGUGAUCAAGACACGGGAGAAACUAGCAGAAUAUCUCACAGUGAUAAUAUUCACCGCAUCAGCCCAGCAUGCAGCUGUGAAUUUUGGCCAGUAUGACUGGUGCUCCUGGAUUCCCAAUGCCCCACCGACAAUGCGCUGCCCUCCUCCGACAGAGAAAGGGACAGUCACCAUCGAGCAGAUUGUGGAGAGUCUGCCAGACAGAGGGCGUUCUUGUUGGCACCUGGGAGCUGUCUGGGCCUUGAGCCAGUUCCAGGACAAUGAACUGUUUCUGGGCAUGUAUCCGGAUGAACAUUUCGUGGAGAAGCCGGUGAAAGAGGCUAUGGCAAAAUUCCGCAAGAAUCUGGAUGAGAUCGUCAGUGCCAUCACCGAGCGCAACAAGAACAAAAAGCUCCCUUACUACUACCUGUCCCCAAACCGCAUUCCCAACAGCGUUGCUGUUUGAGCAAUAAGGAGAGCUCAGAGGAGUAUGAAACCAGUGCAUGUUUCCCUGUUACGUAUGGUUCACAUUAGAGACCUUUCAGAAAUUGGUAAAAUAACAAACACCCUCACUCCGUCAGAGAUGACCCAGACUCUAUUUUGGCUUUCAAAGUACAUUUAACUAUGACAAAUCUUGCACACAGUUUAGCUGGCAACUCCUUAGGUCAAAUUUGUUACAAGCUUAUAUCACCGAGAUUUUUAGAUUAAUCUUAGAAUCAAUACCUGCAUUAGUGUUAGCUUUCCCUUUCCCAGUCAAAAAAAAGAAAUCACAGAAAUCACACUGUUUUCAAGCUGAGUGCUGCCACGCUGUGUGUGAGAAUUGGACGUAACAGUGAAAAGGUACUGAGGGAAGAGGGGUGUCUUCAUAUUCCUCAUUUUGCUCAUUUGAUUCGGUGAGAAUAGUAUCAGGAGCAAUAAACAAGUCACAUCUUUUAAAUCCCUCCAGUUUUUAAUAGGUGAUGCUCAUGACAUGAAUUCGUAGUCUUUAAAGUUUGUGUGUUGUUUAUAAUCUGAUUAAAAAACAUACGUUAAAUAUUUUCACUACAACUUUGAACGCCCCAGUCAGGAUGAAGGCAAAAGCAGGACAUUUUUGUAACACAGACAAGAGUUGUUUUUAUCAUCUUCUUACAGCGAACGCACUUUUCUCAUCUAAAAUGAGAAAAUCUGAUUUAUAAGAGAUGAAUUUUUCUAAUCUAUAAGUACCUAUAUAUUUUCUACAUAAAACUAGUAAGGUUGGUUUCAGCAUCUGCCAGAAGAGUUUUCUGUCACUGAUAUGCAUGGGCAAAUGUUUUGCUUAGCACAGUAAGAAGUAAAGUCUUAGCAGUGGUUAUUCUCUGUUUCAUUGCUGAGAAGGCUGGGUUUUGUGGGCAGCUUCUUUUGUUCUUGGAAGGAAGAAAGGCUACUUUCUUUUAUAGAAAGUUAUGGAGAAAGGUCAAAUGAUGGCUUCUAAGAAGAACCUUUGGAUUUGGCCAAUUAAGCAUAAUCUGUUCCACCUUAGAAACACCCGAGUUAAGUCUGUUGUAUUCAGAGAUGAUUAGGCUCACGUAUCUGGGCUUUGCUGUAAUGUUGAGAGAGUCACGGAGAUAACAAAAGGGAAAAAAAUGAGGUUUGGGAGAUUUAAGAGUAGUUAAAUUAAUAAUACUUUUGGAUUAUUUUUCCCAGAUUUUGUUCCUUGUACUAGUGGUGUAAGCCUGCAGUGUUUGUUUCGUUCUUUGUUUUUUAAAUAGAUGAGAAAGCUGCUUAUGCUAAUAAAACAGAAUGGAACAAGAAAA